AUGAUGAAGUACAGCCUCUUCUUCUACAAGUGUAUAUACCGGCCGCUGGGGGCCGUGUACCUGAGCCGUCACGUCACUACGGGAGCCGAGGAGGCGGUAAUUAACGCUCACACUGUCGCCGUCGGGGGCCCUCACCUGUGGAGUGGCACAGUGGCUCCGGGGCCCGCUCCUUCAGACUUAAACACGGAACCGGGCUCCACCGAGACGCACAGCUGUCACACAGACAUGACGUUCACCUUUACGGCUCAAUUAUAG